AUGGCAGGUUUGCUGAAGAAGACCACUGGCCUUGUGGUUUUGGCUUUGUGUAGUCCACACAAGAAACCAGAUGUUAAGAAAUUAGAAGACCAACUUCAGGGUGGCCAACCAGAAGAGGUGAUUCUUCAGGCUGAAAAUGAACUAAGUCUGGCAAGAAAAAUGAUACAGUGGAAACUAUGGGAGCUUUUAGUGGAAGAGCCUCCUGCCAACCAAUGGAAAUGGCCAAUAUAA